AUGGCGGCGCUGGCCCAGCUGCACAUGCAGAAACAAAGCUGCUUAUGGAGCAGACAAUGGGCCCAGAGAGAGGAGCCUGAAGGCGGUCAGCGCGCUCCGGGGGGCAGCGCGGAGCAGGGCACGCAGGCCGGGAGGAAAGAGAAAUCCCAGACAAAAGCGACCAUGAUGAUAAAGCCAUUUUCUCGUGGAGGCGCAGAGGACGAGGACGCCACGAGCCCCGCGCAGUGGCUGGACCGCACCGACCCAAGCUCCCCCGACGAAAACGACCCGACUUCCUCCUCCCAAAACUACGCCACCUCGCCCACGUCCGAGCACAUGUGCAGUGAGGACGAGGAGGACGACGAGCAGGACGAGAGCGGCUGCAAGCGGCGCGGCCCCAAGAAGAAGCGCAUGACGAAGGCGCGGCAGGAGCGGUUCAAGGCUCGCCGCGUCAAGGCCAACGCCCGGGAGCGGUCGCGCAUGCACGGCCUGAACGACGCGCUGGAGAACCUGCGCAGCAUCAUGCCCUGUCACUCCAAGACGCAGAAACUGUCCAAGAUCGAGACGCUACGGUUGGCGCGCAACUACAUCUGCGCGCUCUCCGAGGCGCUGGAGGGCGGGGCGUCCAUGCAGAGCCGCUCGUUCAUGGACACACUUUGCAAAGGGCUUUCGCAACCGACGUCUAACUUGGUAUCGGGUUGUUUACAGCUCGGCCCCAAACCGGAGGAGCGCCAAAUAUCCACGGUCGGAUACGCAUCUUCUGGCUUGCCCAGUCCGCCGUACGGGACUUUCGACUCGGCGCACUUGCUUCACCUGCGCUCCAUAAAGGCAAACCUGUACGACGGGCACUCGACAGGCGUGGGGACUCCGCCCUACGAAGCUCCGCCCACCCCGCCCCUCAGUAUCAGCAGCAACAUGGUGGCGAAGCAAGACACCUCUCCCACGUACUUGAACCCGCACCAUUACUCGCCGUCUGAGCCGAACCCGGGCCUCUACCAGACGCAGUACGUGGAGGGGCGCAUCGACGAGCAGUACGAGCAGUACAGACACAUGAGCGCCAUCUACAGGGACUGA